GAAAGGCCUGGAGAGCACAGCGCCCCAGCUCUUGGCUAAGCUGCGACCUUCCUUGCUGGCAUCAUGGCCACCCAGACCUGCUCCCCGAUCUUCUCUUCUGGGUCUGUCAAGGGCCUCUGUGGCUCGGCGGCCAGCGCUUCGCGGGUGUCCUCCGCCUGCUCCAUGGGCUCCUGCAGGACUCCCAGUCUUGCCGGUGCUGCGGGGGCUGCCUCCUCCACCAGGAUGGGCUUCUCCAGCCCCGGGAGCUGCUCCUACCUGUCUUCUGGGUGCCAGCCCUCUGGCUUUGCUGGGAGUGGGGCCUGGUUCUGCGAGGGCUCCUUCAACGGCAGCGAGAAGGAGACCAUGCAGUUCCUGAACGACCGCCUGGCCAACUACCUGGAGAAGGUGCGGCAGCUGGAGCGGGAGAACGCAGAGCUGGAGUGCCGCAUCCGCGAGUGGUACGAGUCCCAGAUCCCGUACAUCUGCCCGGACUACCAGUCCUACUUCAAGACCAUCGAGGAGCUGCAGCAGAAGAUCCUGAUGACCAAGGCUGAGAAUGCCAGGCUGAUCCUGCAAAUUGACAACGCCAAGCUGGCUACCGACGACUUUCGGACCAAGUACGAGACGGAGCUGGGCCUGCGGCAGCUGGUGGAGGCCGACACCAACGGCCUGCGCAGGAUGCUGGACGAGCUGACCCUGUGCAGGGCCGACCUGGAGGCCCAGGUGGAGUCCCUCAAGGAGGAGCUUCUCUGCCUCAAGAAGAACCAUGAGGAGGAAGUCGGCACACUCCGGUGCCAGCUCGGGGACCGGCUGAACGUGGAGGUGGACGCCGCCCCCCCAGUGGAUCUCAACAAGGUCCUGGAGGAGAUGCGGUGCCAGUAUGAGGCCCUGGUGGAGAAUAACCGCAGAGACGUGGAGGCCUGGUUCAACACCCAGACCCAGGAGCUGAGCCAGCAGGUGGUGUCCAGCUCCGAGCAGCUGCAGUGCUGCCAGACGGAGAUCAUCGAGCUGAGACGUAACGUCAACGCCCUGGAGAUCGAGCUGCAGGCCCAGCACAGCAUGCGGAACUCCCUGGAGUCCACCCUGGCGGAGACCGAGGCCCGCUACGGCUCCCAGCUGGCCCAGAUGCAGUGCAUGAUCAGCAACGUGGAGAACCAGCUGGCGGAGAUCCGCUGCGACCUGGAGCGGCAGAACCAGGAGUACCAGGUCCUCCUGGACGUCAAGGCCCGGCUGGAAUCGGAGAUCGCCACCUACCGCCGCCUGCUGGAGAGUGAGGACUGCAAGCUUCCUGCCCACCCCUGCGCCACGGAAUGCAAGCCCGCCGCUAGGGUUCCUUACACCUCGAGCAUGACCUGCGGCCCGGCUCCCCAGGUCAGCAGCACCCAGAUCCGCAGCGCCAAGGACGAGAUCAGAGACGGGAAAGGCAUGUCCUCCAGGGAGCACAUGAAGUCCUGCCAGCUGUAGCCGGCCACGCGGCCCGCCAGGGCGCAUGCACCUGGGCCCGCAGGAGGGAGGACGCCCCUGUGGCCCCCAGCUCCCAACGACCCCGCUUCCCUGGAGGGGCUCCCCGCCGAGCAGGUUUUUCUACCAGAAUACUUCUUACAUGGUGUUUCUGAGUUUCACUGCUUUUAUGCAUGCAAAGUAGCUUCCCCUGGAGAGUCACCCAAUAAAGCGUUCUUCUGGCAUAGCAAA